AUGGCUCUGCAGGAGGCGAAGCCCCUGGGCCCGAGCAAAGCUGGGCCGGUGGAACGGGGGCCGAGGAGCUGGCCUCGGGCGCGUGGGCUCGGCGGGGCCGGCGGGAUUGCUGCACGCUGCCCGGGCGUGAGGAGCCGCGCGUCCCACCAUGCGCCGCCGGCGCCGGUGCCACCGCUGCAGCCGCUGCUGCUGCUGGGACUCCUGCUUCUGGCCGCCCUGCCUGGGCUCGGCCGGGCCGAUCCGGGGACUGACAACCUACAGAUACACCUCACCCCCACCUCAGAGCCACUCCCUCAUGGGAAGUUGUUACCAAUUUCACCAACAUGGCCUUUCUCCGAAGUCAAGUCUUCCUGGGCAGCAGGCAGAAUCACCAAUGGGCUGGGCCAGUCCUCUGACAAUACGAGCUUGCUGAAGGUAGCCUGGACACUUCCACCCAAGGCACAUCGCAGGACCCGGGCUCCCGUGGACCUCUCUUCGCUUUACCAAGGAAGUGGAUACAGCACCUCCCUGGACACUUCCAAGGAUUCCACUGAACCCCUGGUCCAACCAAGGCCUCGAGGAGGAAGAGAAGAGGCAGGCACAUCAGUGAGCUCCUCAGUGUCAUCCAACCUAGAACCAACAGCAGCUGCCGCCACCACCACCUUGUUUUCGAGGCGAUCAAGUCCAGCCGCACUGUCUGCAGCCCUGGUUGCCAAGGGGACCAAUGGCAGCAGUUUGACUACAGCUCUAGCUAAAAACAUCACCAACAAGGCAGCACCUAGCCCAAAGAUGGCAGCAGCUGCAGCUCAUACAGCUUUUCCAUUCACCCCAACUUACAUGUUUGCCAAAACUGCACAUACCAUGAACACACAUACAGCCAUGCCAGGGAACACGGGAACUGCCUCUGGUCUCUUGUCCACCACACACCUCCCCAGGAAACCACAAGCCAUGUACACAGGCGUCCCAAACCCCACCAAGCCAGAGACGCCCAGAGCAUCGACCCCACGCCCACUGACAAUCACAGCAGCCUUGACAUCCAUGACGGCAUCAGUGAGGGCCACCCGGCUGCCGCCGUGGCAGGCAGUAAACACCGAUGUUGCUCUUUCUGCUGUGUCAACAGCUGCGGUCACAGCUGGAAAAAUGGCAUCCAACCUGGAGUGUCAGAUGUCCCAGAGGCUCCUGGUGAAGACAGUUAUCUUUCUAAUGCAGAGAAGAAUGCCGAGCAGCGAUGCCUUGAAGUUCAGCGUGGCCAAAGGACUCACGCAGGCCUUGAGGAAGGCCUUCCGCCAGAAUGAUGUACUGGCUCAUGUGGACAUUCUGGAACAUUCUCAUAAUGUCACGGUUGGUUAUUAUGCUACUAAAGGGAAGACGGUCUACUUGCCGACUGUUGUGGUGGAUACGCUGGGUGUUUAUGGAGUCAGUAAUGUCACUGCAGAUCUGAAGCAGCACACCCCAAGCUUGCAGUCUGUGGCCAUUCUUGCCUCUCCAUGGAAGCCCCAGCCUGCAGGCUACUCCCAGCUGAAAACAGUUCUGCAGUUCGUGAGCCAGUCAGACAACAUACAGUCCUGCAAGUUUGCCCAGACCAUGGAGCAGAGGCUGCAGAAGGCCUUCCAAGAUGCGGAGAAGAAGGUCCUCAAUACCAGAAGCAAUCUGACAGCGCAGAUUGUGAGCAUUUCCAAUGCCUCCCAAGCUGUCACCUUGGUAUACGUUGUGGGCAAUCAGAGCACAUUCCUCAAUGGCACCGUGGCCAGCAGCCUCCUCAGCCAGCUCUCUGCUGAGCUGGUUGGAUUCUACCUCACCUACCCGCCUCUUACUAUUGCUGAACCCCUGGAAUACCCCAACCUUGAUAUAUCAGAAACUACCAGAGACUACUGGGUAAUCACAGUGCUGCAGGGCGUAGACAAUUCACUGGUGGGCCUGCACAACCAGAGCUUCGCCCGGGUCAUGGAGCAGCGCCUUGCCCAGCUCUUCAUGAUGUCUCAGCAACAGAGCCGGCGGUUUAAACGGGCCACCACCCUGGGAAGCUACACCGUGCAGAUGGUAAAGAUGCAGCGGGUACCAGGACCGAAGGACCCAGCGGAGCUGACCUACUACACCCUGUACAACGGGAAGCCACUGCUGGGCACCGCGGCCGCCAAGAUCCUGAGCACCAUUGACUCCCAGCGGAUGGCGCUGACGUUGCAUCACGUGGUCCUUCUGCAAGCUGACCCUGUGGUAAAGAACCCGCCUAACAAUCUAUGGAUCAUCGCUGCGGUGCUGGCGCCGAUCGCUGUGGUGACGGUCAUCAUCAUCAUCAUCACGGCCGUGCUCUGCAGGAAGAACAAGAACGACUUCAAGCCGGACACCAUGAUCAACCUGCCUCAGAGGGCAAAGCCCGUGCAAGGCUUUGACUAUGCCAAGCAGCACCUAGGCCAGCAAGGAGCAGACGAGGAAGUCAUCCCUGUGACUCAGGAGACAGUGGUCCUCCCCCUGCCCGUCAGAGAUGUGCCUCAGGAAAGAGACACUGCUCAGGAUGGGAGCACCAUCAAAACAGCCAAGUCCACUGAAACCAGAAAGAGGUCGCCCAGUGAGAAUGGCUCUGUCAUCAGCAACGAAUCAGGGAAGCCCAGCUCAGGAAGACGCUCACCCCAGAACGUAAUGGCACAGCAGAAAGUGACAAAGGAGGAGAACAGGAAGAGAAAUGUGACAGCCAGUGAUGAAGAGGAGGGCGCAGUUCUCUUUGACAGCACAGCCAAGGCAGCAACAGAUCCCUUUGACACGUCUUCUGGAUCUGUGCAGCUCAUUGCCAUCAAACCUGCAGCCCUGCCUACGGUGCACCCUGCUUCAGACAGGAGCCAAGAAUCCUCGUCUGUCCUCAAUGGUGAGGUAAACAAAGCCCUGAAGCAGAAGUCAGACAUCGAGCACUAUCGGAACAAGCUGCGCCUCAAAGCCAAGAGGAAAGGGUAUUAUGACUUCCCAGCUGUGGAGACAAAUAAAGGCCUGACGGAAAGAAAAAAGAUGUAUGAAAAAGCCCCAAAGGAAAUGGAACAUGUUUUGGAACCAGACCCGGAACUGUGUGCUCCAUUCCCUGAGGCUAAAAACAGGCAACAGAUGAAGAACUCUGUCUACAGAAGCCGGCAGUCUCUGAACAGCCCCAGUCCAGGAGAAACUGAGAUGGACCUUCUGGUCACUCGGGAGCGACCCCGGCGUGGAAUCCGCAACAGUGGCUAUGACACCGAGCCGGAAAUCAUAGAAGAAACCAACGUGGACAGAGUGCACGAGCCCCGGGGCUACGGCCGCUCGCGGCAGGCCAAGGGCCACUCGGAGACCUCCACGCUGAGCUCGCAGCCCUCCAUCGACGAGGUCCGGCAGCAGAUGCAUAUGCUGCUGGAGGAGGCCUUCAGCCUGGCCUCGGCCGGCCACGCGGGCCAGGCCCGCCACCAGGAAGCCUACGGCUCCGCCCAGCACCUGCCCUACUCCGAGGUGGUGACCAGCGCGCCGGGGACCAUGACAAGGCCCAGGGCCGGGGUGCAGUGGGUGCCCACCUACCGGCCCGAGAUGUACCAGUACAGUCUCCCCCGGCCGGCUUACAGGUUUUCCCAGCUUCCUGAAAUGGUCAUGGGCUCUCCUCCACCACCUGUACCUCCUCGGACUGGCCCAGUGGCUGUCACUUCCCUCAGGCGGUCCACCUCAGACAUCGGCAGCAAGACCCGAAUGGCCGAGUCCUCGGGGCCUGAGCAGGCCCAGCUGCAUGACAGUGCCUCCUUCGCCCAGGUGUCCAGAGGUCCGGUGUCGGUGGCACAAUUGGAUCAGUCAGCUUUAAAUUACUCAGGUAACACGGUGCCAGCAGUGUUUGCCAUCCCAGCUGCCAACAGACCCGGCUUCACUGGCUACUUCAUCCCAACGCCUCCCUCGUCCUACAGGAGCCAGGCCUGGAUGUCCUACGCUGGAGAGAAUGAGCUCCCCACCCAGUGGGCGGAUUCGGUACCCCUCCCUGGAUACAUUGAGGCUUACCCCCGGUCUCGUUAUCAGCAGAGCUCACCUUCCAGGCUCCCUCGCCAAUACAGCCAUCCUUCCAACCUGCACCCUAGCCUGGAGCAGGUCCCUGUGCCCUCCACAGCUGCCUCUCAGCAGAGCCUAGCAGAGAAUGACCCCCCCGACACUCCACUGACCAACAUCUCUACUGCAGCCCUCGUGAAGGCCAUCCGGGAGGAGGUGGCCAAGCUGGCCAAGAAGCAGACAGACAUGUUUGAGUUCCAGGUCUAA